AUGAGGCAGUGUCGCGUGCUGCGGUGUGUGGGCUCCGUGUAUAAAACGUCCUCUCUGCAGGCGCUCAGCCCUCCACCCACACCCAAGUGGGGCAGGAAGGGUCGGAGGCAAAUAUGUCCGGUUAGACACUACUCCUCCCUGGGGCUUGUGGAAGGAGAUGGAGUGAGGCUCCAGUGGCACUCCUACCUGGAAGAUUUCAUGGUCUGUGCGCUGGCCUGGCCCUUUCUGGGAGCCAGUGCCCUGCCCUUGCUGGAGGAGCUGGACAGGCUUGCUGGAUCAGGGUUCUGGGAAAGGUGGGUGGAAGUUGCCCGGCUGCCGUCCUCCUCGCCUAAUGGCUCAGCCCGAUUUUGGAUGUCAGGAAGGGAAAGCCCCUGGGAGGCUGGCUGGGCCUCCAUGCUAGCCCUGAUCUCUGCCGAGGGCUCUGAGAGCCCUGCACACCCAGAAGCCCUCAGCCCCCACUGCAAGUCAGAGAUCCGGGAGGGCCCCUCAGCCCCCACUGCGAGUGCCCAGGCAGCGGUCGUCUUCAUCAAGGAGCCGUCCUCCCAGGAUGCACUGCAGGGCCGCCGGGCACUGCUCCGCUGCGAGGUGGAGGCCCCAGGCCCGGUGCGCGUGUACUGGCUGCUCAAUGGGGUCCCCGUCCAGGACACUGAGCGGCGUUUCGCCCAGGGCAGCAGCCUGAGCUUCGCAGCGGUGGACCGGCUGCAGGACUCCGGCGCCUUCCAGUGCGUGGCGCGGGAUGACAUCACCGGAGAGGAAGCCCGCAGCGCCAACGCCUCCUUCAACAUCAAAUGGAUCGAGGCAGGUCCUGUGGUCCUGAAGCAUCCGGGCUCCGAAGCUGAGAUCCAGCCGCAGACCCAGGUCACACUUCGCUGUCACAUUGAUGGGCACCCCCGGCCCACCUACCAGUGGUUCCGAGAUGGUACCCCUCUCUCUGAUGGUCAAAGCAACCACACGGUGAGCAGCAAGGAGCGGAACCUGACCCUGCGGCCUGCCAGUCCCGAGCACAGUGGCCUCUACUCCUGCUGCGCCCACAACGCCUUCGGCCAGGCCUGCAGCAGCCAGAACUUCACGCUGAGCAUUGCUGAUGAAAGCUUCGCCAGGGUGGUGCUGGCACCCCAGGACGUGGUAGUGGCAAGGAAUGAGGAAGCCAUGUUCCACUGCCAGUUCUCGGCCCAGCCACCCCCAAGCCUGCAGUGGGUCUUUGAGGACGAGACUCCCAUCACUAACCGCAGUCGCCCCCCGCACCUCCGCCGAGCCACGGUGUUUGCCAAUGGGUCCCUGCUGCUGACCCAGGUCCGGCCGCGCAAUGCCGGGGUCUACCGCUGCAUCGGCCAGGGGCAGAGGGGCCCGCCCGUCAUGCUGGAGGCCACACUCCACCUGGCAGAGAUUGAGGACUUGCCGCCAUUUGAGCCCCGAGUGUUCACAGCUGGCAGCGAGGAGCGUGUGGCCUGCCCACCCCCCAAGGGUCUGCCAGAGCCCAGCGUGUGGUGGGAGCACGCAGGAGUCCGGCUGCCAGCCCAUGGCAGGGUCUACCAGAAGGGCCAUGAGCUGGUGUUUGCCAGUACUGCCGAGGGUGACGCUGGCGUCUACACCUGCCACGUGGCUAACCUGGCUGGUCAGCGGCGCCAGGAUGUCAACAUCACAGUGGCCACUGUGCCCACGUGGCUGAAGAAGCCCCAGGACAGCCAGCUAGAGGAGGGCAAGCCGGGCUACUUGCACUGCCUGACCCAGGCCACACCGAAACCCACCGUCGUGUGGUACAGGAACCAGAUGCUCAUCUCGGAGGACUCACGGUUCGAAGUGUCCAAGAACGGGACCUUGCGCAUCAACAGCGUGGAGGUGUACGACGGCACAUGGUACCGCUGUGUGAGCAGCACCGUGGCUGGCAGCAUCGAGGCCCAGGCCCGAGUCCAAGUGCUGGAAAAGCUCAAGUUCACGCCCCCACCCCAGCCGCAGCAGUGCAUGGAGUUUGACAAGGAGGCCACAGUGCCCUGCUCAGCCACAGGCCGGGAGAAGCCCACUAUUAAGUGGAUACGGGCAGAUGGGAGCAGCCUCCCAGAGUGGGUGACAGACAACGCUGGGACCUUGCACUUUGCCCGGGUGACCCGAGACGACGCUGGCAACUAUACCUGCAUUGCCUCCAACGGACCGCAGGGCCAGAUCCGUGCCCACGUCCAGCUCACUGUGGCAGUGUUCAUCACCUUCAAGGUGGAGCCGGAGCGCACGACUGUGUACCAGGGCCACACCGCCCUGCUGCGCUGCGAGGCCCAGGGGGACCCCAAGCCACUCAUCCAGUGGAAGGGCAAGGACCGCAUCCUGGACCCCUCCAAGCUGGGACCCAGGAUGCACAUCUUCCAGAACGGCUCCCUGGUGAUCCACGACGUGGCCCCCGAGGACUCGGGCCACUACACCUGCAUCGCGGGCAACAGCUGCAACAUCAAGCACACGGAGGCCCCGCUCUACGUCGUGGACAAGCCCAUGCCAGAGGAGUCGGAGGGCCCAGGCAGCCCACCCCCCUACAAGAUGAUCCAGACCAUCGGGCUGUCCGUGGGCGCGGCGGUGGCCUACAUCAUCGCGGUGCUGGGCCUCAUGUUCUACUGCAAGAAGCGCUGCAAAGCUAAGAGGUUGCAGAAGCAACCUGAGGGCGAGGAGCCAGAAAUGGAGUGCCUCAACGGUGGACCUUUGCAGAAUGGGCAGCCCUCAGCAGAGAUCCAAGAGGAAGUGGCCUUGACCAGCCUUGGUUCCGGCCCUGCAGCCACCAACAAACGCCACAGCACAAGUGACAAGAUGCACUUCCCACGUGCCAGUCUGCAGCCCAUCACCACACUGGGGAAGAGUGAGUUCGGGGAGGUGUUCCUGGCGAAGGCGCAGGGCCUGGAGGAGGGCGUGGCGGAGAUCCUGGUGCUCGUGAAGAGCCUGCAGAGCAAGGACGAGCAGCAGCAGCUGGACUUCCGCAGGGAGUUCGAGAUGUUCGGGAAGCUGAACCAUGCCAACGUGGUGGGGCCCGGCGGGGAGGCCGAGCCCCACUACAUGGUGCUGGAGUAUGUGGACCUGGGAGACCUCAAACAGUUCCUGAGGAUUUCCAAGAGCAAGGAUGAAAAAUUGAAGUCACAGCCUCUCAGCACCAAGCAGAAGGUGACCCUGUGUACCCAGGUGGCCCUGGGCAUGGAGCACUUAUCCAACAACCGCUUCGUGCACAAGGACUUGGCUGCUCGCAACUGUCUGGUCAGCGCCCAGAGACAGGUGAAGGUGUCAGCCCUGGGCCUCAGCAAGGACGUGUACAACAGUGAGUACUACCAUUUCCGUCAAGCCUGGGUGCCACUGCGCUGGAUGUCCCCUGAGGCCAUCCUGGAGGGUGACUUCUCCACCAAGUCAGACGUCUGGGCCUUCGGUGUGCUGAUGUGGGAGGUGUUCACCCACGGGGAGAUGCCCCACGGCGGGCAGGCAGACGAUGAAGUGCUGGCAGAUCUGCAGGCUGGGAAGGCUAGACUUCCGCAGCCUGAGGGCUGCCCUGCCAAGCUCUACCGGCUGAUGCAGCGUUGCUGGGCGCUCAGCCCCAAAGACCGGCCCUCCUUCAGCGAGAUCGCCAACAUCCUGGGAGACAGCCCCGCAGACAGCAAGCCGUGAGGAGGGCACCUGCCCGGCUGUGCCUCAGGAUAGUGUGGGCGGGGGGCACCUCCUGGGGGGAGCCUGUAGCAUGAUGGGCAAGAUCCCUGUCCUCCUCGGCCCCGGGCCCUAGCACACAGGCAUUGCUGAGGUCUGGGCAGGGCCUGGGCUCUCCUCCUCUUCCUCAAACUCAGCCCGUGGGGAGGCUGAUUUGGACCCAGACCUGGUGACUAGGGCUUGGGCUGGGCAGCUUUCUCUGCCACCCCUUCCCCCAUCAGGGGCAGUGUGGGUACCUCAGGUAACCCCCGUUUCUGGCCUGCGACCUCUCCACUUGACCAGAUCCAGCUCCGCCACUCACCUGCCAACUUUGCCCCGGGAGGGCUGGGCUGGGGAUGGGCUAGGUUUGGGGGGGAGUUCCUUAAUAUACUCAUUUCCGUGAUAGUUCUGAGCACACAGGGCCAAGGGGCCUCCUGCCCCAGGGGUCCUACCUGGGAGUCUAGACCAGGAUUGUGGGGGGCACAGCAAGUGAGUCUUCCUCACUGCAAGCCUGUGCACGCUGACCCACACCCAGACCUUCCCCGACCUUUCUUUCCUUCCCUCAUCCUAAGUGCCUGGCAAUGAAGGAGUUUUCAGGAGCUUUUGACUAUAUAACCCGCCCGUUUUGUAUGCACCAUGGGCGGCUUUUGUAUGUAACUGCAGCGUGGGGUGGGUGGGUAUGGGAGGCAGGGGGUUCCUGGAGGAUAUGGGGAAGGUGGACCACCCCUGCCUCAUACUUUUAUUGUUGUUUUUUGUUUGUUUGUUUUGUUUGUUUGUUUUUUAUUUUACACUCGCUGCUCUCAAUAAAGAAGCCUUUUUUACA